AUGGACUUUGGUCAAGUUCUAGCAGAUUUCUUGGCAAAUCAUCCAGAAGAAGAAAUUGAGAACAUGGAUUCCAUGGAUAUAGCCAAUGCAGUUCUACUGAAUAGAGCUCACACCUAUCUCAAUAAUCCCAUAUACUCAAUCCAUCUUACUCCAUGGAAACUGUAUUUUGAUGGAUCUAAAACUAACCUAGCCUCUAGGGCAGGAAUUGUUUUAGAAGAUCUAAUGGGAAUCAAACACUGCUAUUCAUUUCAGUUAGAUUUUCAAUGCACCAACAACAUAGCAAAGUACGAAGCCUUGAUCAUUGGCCUCGAAAUGUUGAUAGAACUAGGAGUCCAAUAUGUGGAAAUCCUGGGAGAUUCCAUGCUUGUUCUUAAGCAGAUUGCAGGAGAAUACAAGUGCUUAAAUCCUUCUCUAGCUAUUUAUUUGGUGGUAGCAAGGAAUCUCUUGGUAGAAUUCAGGGAAGUCACUUGGGAACAUAUUCCGAGGGAAGAAAAUUUUGCAAUGAACGAAAUGGCUCAUAUAGCAACGAGAGUGUAG